CUCCCCUCUCCUCCCCUCCCUUCCCCUCGCCCCGGCUCGCGCCAGCUCCUGCGCUCCGCCCCGCUUCUCCUGCCUCCUGUGGCCGCUCCCAGAGUAGAGGAGCUGGGAGGCCCUGAGGGCGGGAGGGGUGUGUCGGACGCGUGCUCGCGCCCUCAAACCGCCGGCUGCGGAGGCGCGCUUGGCCGGGCCCGAGGGCCGGCGCGGGCCGAGAGGAGGGUGCUGCCCUGGGGGCGGCGCGCGGCGGCCGUGGCGGCAGCGGCUGCAGCUGCGGCGGCGCGCUCGGGGCCCGCGUCCAGGGCGCCCGCGGGUCGGAGCUGCCGCCGUGGCCGCUGCUGCCGGAGCCAUGUACCGCAGCGGCGCCCGCUCCUCAGUCUCCUCACACCGGCCUAAAGACGGCGGCGGCGGCGGCCCUCGCAGCAGCCGCAGCUCCGGCUCUUCCUCAGGCCCCGUCCGCCGCACUUCGCCGCCACCGCCCUCCUGCUCCUCCGCCUCCUCGUUGCGGACCCCGACUCGCCGGCCCCGCUCGCCCUCAGGGCCCCGCAGCCGCCGGGCCUCGCCAUCUCCGCCGCGGGGUCGCCGCAGCUCCCCGUCCCCGCCCCGCGGCCGCCGGGCCUCGCCGUCCCCGCCGCGGGGUCGUCGCUGCUCCCCGUCCCCGCCGCGGGCCCGUCGCGGCUCCCCGUCCCCGCCGCGGAGCCGACGACUCUUCCCGCCGGGCUCGUCCGGCUUCCGAGGCAGCAGCCGAGGGGAGUCCCGCGCCGACUUCGCCCGGGACGGCCGCGGAGACCAUCCAGGCGACAGCGGCAGCCGGAGACGCUCUCCUGGUCUGCGUUCUGACUCUUCUUUGGAACAGAGCUUAAGGAUCACUGUUGGCAAUGACCACUUCUGUGUUAGCACCCCUGAACGGCGACGGCUUAGUGAUCGGUUGGGGUCACCAGUGGAUAACCUGGAGGACAUGGAGAGGGAUGACCUGACUGAUGAUUCUGUCUUCACUAGAAGCUCCCAAUGCUCUCGUGGUCUUGAGCGAUACAUUUCCCGGGAAGAGAGACCUCUCAGUCCCUUCUUGGAACAACUUGAUGACUACCGAACGAGAGAAACUUUCCUGCAUCGAUCUGAUUAUAGUCCCCAUAUCAGUUGUCAUGAUGAGCUCUUGCGGGGUACAGAACGGAACAGAGACAAACUCAAAGGCUCGUACUCUGUACGAUCUGAGGAAAGGAACCGGGAGGCCAAAAGGCCCCGUUAUGAUGACACUGAGAAGAUACACAGCGUGGGAGGGGAGCACCCAAGUUUUACAUCAGGGACUCGGAACUAUCGACAACGGAGACGAAGCCCAAGUCCUAGGUUUCUAGACCCCGAGUUUCGAGAGCUGGACCUUGCCAGGCGAAAACGAGAGGAAGAGGAGGAACGGAGUAGGAGCUUGAGUCAGGAACUGGUGGGAGUGGAUGGCGGCGACACUGGUUGUUCCAUCCCUGGAUUGUCAGGUGUCCUGACGGCAGCAGAGCCAGGGUAUUCUUUGCAUCGGCCUGAGGAAGUAUCUGUGAUGCCCAAGAAAUCCAUUCUGAAGAAGCGGAUUGAGGUAGACGUGGAGCCUUCUAUGCAGCUUGAGAAUUUUUCCAGCACUACCAGCUCCAGCCAGGAUCACCCUCUCUACUCUUCACACCCAUCUCUUCCACUGAGUGGUGCUAUUGCUGCUUUUGCCUCAGAGAUUGAGAACAAGGGAACUAUGGCAGAGACUGCCUUGAAAGAACCUCAUGGCAACCUCUACCAAUGGGGUACCCUUUCUGGGAUGCCCAAAGACAGCAGUCCUCACAGAGAAAAUUUUGGAAGUUUUUUAUGCCGCAAGGAGAAAUUGGAUUUGAAGGCUGAGGGACCUGAACGACACACAGACUUUUUGCUGCCCCAUGAGAGAGCCAGCGAGGAUGGUAGUGGUUUUUCCCGCAUUCUGAGCAUGUUAGCUGAUUCUACCAGUACACAAGAAAAAAGGCGACGUAGCUUCCCUGACAUUGAGGAUGAGGAGAAAUUUCUCUAUGGCGAUGAAGAAGAGGAUUUAAAGUCAGAGUCCCCACCAAAGCCCCUUGGGGGCUCUGAGAGUGAAAUUAUGAGGCAGAAGGCAAGCUCCCUACCCUCUUCAGCUCCAACCAUAAAGCUAGAAUCUCUAGAAGAGACUAAUCCAGAAUAUGCCAAGAUUCAUGAUUUACUGAAGACCAUAGGGCUAGACAUUGGUGUGGCAGAGAUCAGUAAACUGGCUGCGCGUACCCAGGAACGACUUCAUGGCAAAAAACCAUCAUCACGCUCUUCAGCUGACCGCCGUUCCUCAGUUGACCAGCACUUCUCAUCUGACCGCCGUUCCUCAGUUGACCAGCACUUCUCAUCUGACCGCCGUUCCUCAGAUCCCCACAGACUGGAGAGUAGGGAGGCACACCAUAGCAAUACGCACUCUCCAGAGGUGUCCCAUCCGCACCCAGCCUCCCCUGUGGAUCCUUACCUGCUCACACAAAAUAGCCCUCCAUUCCUAAAAUCUGACCAUCCAGUGGGUCAUAUUUCAAGACCAGACAUGGUUGGCAGUGGGUUUCAGUCAUCUGUUACAGUCAGGUGCUUGUUGCCAUCAGCCCCAUCUACCCCAAUUAGACUUCCACAUUCUGCUUCUUUAUCUCAGUUUCAUAUGCCAAGGGCCUCUCAGUUUGCUGCAGCCCGGAUACCUUCAAACUACCAGGGACCUGCCAUUCCCCCUACUUCCUUUGAUGCCUAUAGGCACUAUAUGGCAUAUGCAGCCUCAAGAUGGCCCAUGUACCCCACCUCCCAACCAUCAAACCACCCUCUAUCUGAACCACACAGGAUAAUGCCAGUAACCAAACAAGCUACUCGUAGUCGUCCCAAUCUCCGUGUGAUCCCCACUGUGACUCCUCACGAACCCAAACAAGAGGAGUCAGUGCUAGGCUCAAUUCCUGUUGCCCAAGUGCCUGUCCAGAUGUCCAUCCCUUCACUCAUAAGAUAUAAUCCAGAGAAGAUCUCUGAUGAGAAAAACCGUGCAUCCCAGAAGCAGAAGGUUAUUGAAGAGAGGGAAAAACUAAAGAGUGACCGGGAAGCCCGCCAGAAGAAAAUGUAUUAUCUCAGGACUGAGUUGGAGCGGCUUCAUAAACAACAAGGGGAAAUGCUUCGUAAGAAACGAAGGGAAAAAGAUGGCCACAAAGACCCACUUCUGGUGGAGGUGAGUCGGCUUCAGGAUAACAUCAUGAAGGACAUUGCAGAGCUGCGGCAAGAGGCAGAAGAGGCAGAAAAGAAGCAAUCUGAGCUGGACAAAGUGGCUCAGAUCUUAGGAAUUAACAUCUUGGAAAAAUCUCAGAAGUCUUCAAAUGACAGUAAAGAGACUUCAGAGAAGCCUGGGAAAGCAGAAAAAUCUAAGAGCCCAGAAAAGGUGUCAUCCUCAAACUCUUACUCCAACAACAAGGAAUCAAAGGUAAACAAUGAGAAGUCCCAGACUAGAAGCCCAGGGUCUGUUGAAAGCCCUCAACCAGCUGCUAAGCAAUCUGAUCAGCCCACUGCUACUUACGAGUAUUAUGAUGCUGGCAAUCACUGGUGCAAAGACUGCAACACCAUCUGUGGGACUAUGUUUGACUUCUUCACCCAUAUGCACAAUAAGAAGCACGCACAGGACAAUUCCAGAAUUCUUCAGAUUUCUGUAAGGAAAGACUACAGCAGACACCUCUGUUCCAGGGAGGCAGGGAUAGAAGUCACAGAGACCGUGGAGACGAGCACCUCUAGGGUCUGACUUUUGGAAGGUAGGUAUGGCUGCUGUGACAGGAAUGGAUUAUGAAGAAUGCCCUGUUACUUUAGCUGCCAGAUUAGGUGAGUGAAAAUAUAUGUGUGUGUGUUUAUCUGUAUUGUGUAUGGAGUGUAUAUACAUAAUAAAUGUAUAUAUGUGUAUUUGCAUAUCUGCAUCUUUGUACCAGUAGAGGAGGAACAAGAUAACAAUGAAAAUAGAAAGUGUGUGUUUUAGACCUGCCAACCCUUGCCUUAUUUAGCAUUGAAUAAAUUAUCUCUUAAAUUUCCAUGUCUCAUUUUGUGCUAUGAUACUUGUAUUAAAGCUGUGGACUUCAGGUCUGCCCCCUGAAACCCAGUGUCCUCAACAAGGAAAACAUGUGCUAUCUCAGUUCUAGCCUUUCCUUACUGGUGCAUACAAGAAUCAAGGUGGGGGCGCCGGAUUCUGUCCCGGUUGCCCCUCUUCCAGGCCAGCUCUCUGCUGUGGCCCGGGAAGGCAGAGGAGGAUGGCCCAGGUGCUUGGGCCCUGCACCCCAUGGGAGACCAGGAUAAGUACCUGGCUCCUACCUUCGGAUCAGUGCGGUGCGCCGGCCGUGGCGGCCAUUGGAGGGUGAACCAACAGCAAAAGGAAGAUUUUUCUCUCUGUCUCUCUCUCACUAUCCACUCUGCCUGUCAAAAAAAAAAAAGUGAAAGUGGGUGUGUCAUUAGUGGAGUGGUUUUUGAGUAAGCAAAGGAGAUUCAAGGAACGUGUGUGUGGCAGGGGGAGGGGGAGGGAGAACAGUCACCAAUGGGGUGUUUGAAGAAUACUGAGAUAUGAGUGUUAAGGACAGCUGUGUACUAGUUUUCAUUUUACUACCUCUACUACACAUAUUGAAACAUCUGGCACACAGAAAGGAACAAGCACCAUUUCAAAAUAUGAAGCAAACUCUUGGCUCUCUGUCCACCUAAAAUGCCAGUAAGUACUUCUGUACUGUGGGCUGAGGAACACAAUGGGAAUGAGAACCAGACCUAGUAAAACUUAGCUGACCUUUAAGUCCUUCAAAUUCAGAUUAAUUUAAAUCUGAGUUGCCCCCGUUCUACAUUCACCUAGAAAAAUAUUAGUUUAGUUUUGUUCCUGGAACAAAAUUUCUCUCGAAUGUUAGAGGCAUGGAUAUCUAGUUUACUUCCCAAAUAAAUCUAUGGCUUUCGUAAUUUGGGGGGGGGAUAGUUGUGUUAGUACAAAUACUGAAAAAAACAUGUGUGUAACCAAAGCCAUCAGAAUAUGAAGUAAGUAAAGGGUGAAAGUGCCUCAGCGCCUCCCGCUGCUGCGAUCAUAUCAGUUAAGAACCACUCAUUCCUAAGACAUGACCCUGUGGAUGAAGCAAUGGAAAGCAGCCUUGUGCCAGGGCUGCCAACACUUUGUCACCACCACUUUCUCUCCAUUGCUCAGCCAAAGAUCUGUUUCUCAUCAACUGUCACAUUCCUCUGCUCAGGGACAAUCAGAAAUGUUGGUCACAAGCUUUCGUUCCAAUCUGUGAUUCACAGUCCUACCUCCAGUUUUGCUGCUAGACCCUGCCAGUGGUGUCUGAAUUCCACGUCUAAGGUGUACUGAUCAAGGGAAUGGACGGGGAAAUGGAACUUUUUUCUUUUGAAUAAUUGCUUUUCCUUUGAGCUUUUUAGAUUUGAUGUGCUAGAGUUCACGUAUGUUAUGAAUGAUAUAUUUAAGGUCUACUUUUUAAUUGAAGUAUUAUAUAACAUUAAAUUUUACAUAACAAAAUUUUCCAUUUUAAAGUGUGCAAUUUUGUAGUUUUAAUAUCUUAUACAGUCACCACCACUAUCUAAUUCUAAAACAUUUCCAUCACUCCCCCACCACACCCCCAGAACCCACAUGCCUAUUAGCAGACAUUCCUGCUCCCAAGCCACUGUCAGUUACCAAUCUACUUUCUGUCUUAAUCACUGUACUAGUCUGGUCCGAGUAUUUCAUGUAAGUGAAGUCAUACAGUACGUGAUCUUUUGUGUCUGACUUCUUUCACUUAGCAUAAUGUUCUCAAGGUUCAUCUGUAUAGUAUAUCAUGUACCACUACUUCAUUGUAUUUUAUGGCUAAAUAAUAUACCAUUGUGUGGGUGUAUCAUGUUUCGUUUAUUCAUUACUCGAUAAUGCUUGGGUUAUUUCCACUUUAGGGGUAUUGUGAGCAAUGCUGCUAUGAAUAUUUAUAUACACAUACAUAUGUGUAUAUAAAUGUGUGUACAUAUGUAUGUGUAUAUCCAUGUGUAUAAGUUUAUGUGUGUAUGUGUAUAUAUAAAUAUGUAAAAUACAUAUAUGCAUAUAAAUAUUUGCAUGGACAUGUGUUUUAAGUCGUCUUGGGUGUAUACAUAGGAAUAGAACUGGGUCAUAUGAUAACUGUUUAGCCUUUUAAAAAUAAACCUUUAUAUUAAACUAUAAUGUUCAUAUGAAAAAAACACAUCAUAAAUUUGAUGUGCUCAGCUAUUUUUAUAAAGUAAACACAUGUGGGUAACCAGUAUCUAAAUCCAAAAAUAGAAUAUGACCAACACUCCUAAACUCCCUCUUAUGAUCUAUUACAGUCACUACUUUCCCAAAAUGUGACCAUUAUUCUGACUACUACAUCAGGUACUUUAAAAAAAUUGAGAUGAAAUUCACCAUAAAAUUUCCAUCACUCCAAAACAGAACUGUUUUCCCUUAAGCUUUUAGUCCCAGUUCCCACCUCCUAUAAUCCCUUGGACUCACUAGUCUGCUUUCUGUCCUUCCAGAUAUUUCAUUUAAACAAAAUUAUAUAGUUUGUGACCUUUUGUGUCAAUGUAUUUUUUACUUAACAUAAUGUUUUUGAGGUUCAUCCAUGUAGCACUUAUCAAUAUUAAUUCUUUAUUAUGGCAGAACAAUAUUUCAUUUUACAUAUAAAACAUACUUAUCCAUUUGUUAAUGGGCAUUUGAGUUGUUUCCACCAUCUGGCUAUUGUAAAUAGUGCUUCUAUGGAGGCACAUGUUGUGGCAUAGCAGGUAAAGCCACUGCCUCUGAUGCCGGCAUCCCUUAUGGGCAUCAGUUCAAGUCCUGGCUCUCUAUUAGCAGAGAGCUGGAUCGUAAGAGGAGCAGCUUGGAUACAAACCAGCACUCAUAUGGGAUGCCAGCGCCACAGGUGAAGCUUGACCUACUACACCACAGCACCAGCCCCUCCUCCACUUCUUUUAUUUUUUUUAAGAUUUUAAUUUAUUUAUUUGAGAGGUAGAAUUAUAGACAGUGAGAGGGAGAGACAGAGAUAGAGGUCUUCCUUCCCAUGGUUCACUCUUCAAAUGGCUGCAACGACCGGAGCUGCGCCAAUCUGAAGCCAGGAGCCAGGUGCUUCUUCCUGGUCUCCCAUGCAGGUGCAGGGGCCCAAGGACUUGGGCCGUCUUCUACUGCUUUCUCAGGCCAUAGCAGAGAGCUGGAUUGGAAGAGGAGCAGCCAGGACUAGAACUGGCACCCAUAUGGGAUGCUGGCGCUGCAGGCGGAGGAUUAACCUACUGCGCCACAGCACCAGCCGCCCCCCUCCACUUCUGACCCAGCUCCCUGUGAAUGUGCCUGGAUAAGCAGCAGAGGAUGGCCCAAGUGCUUAUACACCUGCACCCACAUGGGAGACCUGGAAUAAGCUCCAGGCUCCUGGAUUCAAGCUGGCCAUCUCUGGCCAUUGCAACCAUCUGGGAAGCAAGCCAGCAGAUGGAAGAUAUCUCUGUCUCUUCCUGUCUCUGUAACUCUGCCUUUAAGUAAAUAAGUCUUUAAAAAAAAUAUUGGGGCCAGCACUGUGGUGUAGUGGAUUAAGCCACCACUUGCAGUGCCAGCAUCCCAUAUAGGCACUGGUUUGAGACCCGGCUGCUCCACUUCUGAUCCAGCUCUGCUAUGGCUUGGGAAAGUAGAAGAUAGCCCGAGUCUUUAGGCCCCUGCACUCAUGUGGGAAGAGGAUCCUGGCUUCUGGCUUCCGAUUGGCGCAGCUUCUGCCAUUGCAGCCAGUUGGGGAGUGAACCAUCAAAUGGAAGACCUCUUUCUCUCUCUGCCACUCCUUCUCUCUCUGUGUAACUCUGAAUUUCAAAUAAAUAAAUUUUUUUAAAAAAUAGUGCUGUUAUACCCAUUCAAGUGUAAGUAUUGUCUGAGUACCUCUUUUCUAUUGUUUUGGUAUAUACCUAGUAAUGGAAUUGCUGGGUCAUAGGGUUAUUCAUGUUUCAAUUUUGAGAAACUGUCACACACAGUUUUCUACCCCACCUAAAUCAUUUUACAAUCCUACCAGCUAUGUAUAAUGGUUUGAUUUUCUACACAACACUUCUUAUUUUCCUUUCUUAACAUAUUAGAGUUAUCUUCAUAUCUCAUUGUGGUUUUGAUUUCCAUUUUUCUAAUACCCAUGAUAUUAAACAUCUUUUCAUGUGCUUAUUGGCUACUUAUGUAUCUUCUUUGGAGGAAUGUCUACUCAAUUUCUUUUUAAAAAAUGUUUUUAAUUUAUUUGAAAGGCAGAAUUACAGAGAGAGAGAGAGCUAGCUCUUCCAUCUGCUGAUUCCCCAAAUGGCUGAAACAGCUGGAGUUGUAUGAAUCCGAAGCCAGGAGCCAGGGUCUUUAUCUGGGUCUCCCAUGUGGGUGCAGGGGCCCAAGCACUUGGGCCAUCUUUUACUGCUUUCCCAGGCCACAGCAGAGAGCUGGAUCGGAAGUGGAGCAGCUGGGACUUGAACAGGUACCCAUAUGGGAUGCCAGCGCUUCAGGCCAGGGUGUUAACCCGCUGUGCCACAGAGCUGGCCCCUUAUUUGUUUAUUUGAAAGAGUGAUAGAGAGGAGGAGGGAGAGGAGGAAGGAGAGAGAGAGAGAAAAAGAAAUCCAUCUUCCAUAUACAGGUCACUCCUCAAAUGACCACAAUGGUCAGGGCUGGGUGAGGCUGAAACCAAUAGCAUAAAACUCCAUGCAGGUCUCUCACCUGGUUGCAGGAGCCCAGGUAGUUGGGCCACCUUCUACUGCUUUUCCCAGGCACAUCUUCAGGGAACUAGAUCAGAAGCAGAGCAGUAUGGACUCAAACUGGCACUCCAAUACAGGAUGCCAGCUUUGCAAGUGGAUACUUAACCCACUGUGCCCCAUCUACUUUCUUCAUAAUAUUCUUUGAUACACAAAAUGUUUUCAAUUUUGAUAAAGUCUAAUUUAUCCAUUUUUUCACAUAUCACUCAUGGUUUUAGUAUCAUAAAUCUAAGAAUCCAUUGCCAAAUCCAAGAUCAUGAAGAUUUACUUCUAUCUUUUCUUCUGUGAGUUUUAUAGUUCUAAGAAGCUCUUAUAUUUAGGUCAUUGAUUUAUUUUGAGUUAAUUUUUAUAUAUGGUAUGAGGUAUUAUUCCAGCUUUCUUUUUUUAAAAAAUAAUAUUUAUUUAUUAAUUUGAAAGGCACAGUUACAGAGAGGCAGUGGCAGAGAGAGAGAGACAGAGGUCUUCCAUCCGCUGGUUCACUCCCCAAAUGGUCACAAUGGCUGGAGCUGGGCUGAUUCAAAGCCAGGAGCCAGGAGCUUCUUCCGUGUCUUCCCAUGUGUGUGCAGGGGCCCAAGCACUUGGGCCAUACUCUACUGCUUUCCCAGGCCAUAGCAGAGAGCUGCAUUGUAAGUGGAGCAGCCAGGACUCAAACUGGUACCCAUAUGGAAUGCCAGCAGCACUGCAGGUAGCAGCUUUACCUGCUAUGCCACAGUGCCAGCCCCUCGGCUUCUUUCUUUUGCAUGUAGAAAUCUAGUUGUCCCAGCAUCAUUUAUUGAAGAAGCUGCUUUUCCCCACUUAAUGAUCUUGGUACCCUUUUCAAAAUCAAUUGGCCACAGAUAUAUGGGGUUUAUUUCUGGACAUUCCAUUUAAAAAAAAAAAAUUAUUGCAUUUGAAAGGCAGAGUGAUAGGAGAGACAAAGGCCUUCUAUGUGCUAGUUCAUCCCAAUUAUUGUAAUGGCCAGGGAAGUGCCAGGCUGGAUUCAGGAGCCUGGAACUACAUCCAGGUCUCCCACAUAGUUGGUGGGGGCCCAAGCACUUUGGGCCAUCUUCUGCUGCCUUCCCAGGCUCAUUAGCAGAGAGCUGGAUUGGAAGCAGAGCAGCUAGGACUGGAAUUAUUACUCCUACAUGGGGUGCUGGUACCACUCUUACCAUGUUGUGCCAUAAUGCCAGACCCUGAAUAUUUCAUUCCAUUCCACUGGUUUAUAUUCCUAUCCUUAUGCCAGACCCAUGCUGUUUUUUUUUAUUAUUAUUUAUUAUUAUUAUUAUUUUUUUUUUGACAGGCAGAGUGGACAGUGAGAGAGAGAGAGACAGAGAGAGAAAGGUCUUCCUUUGCCGUUGGUUCACCCUCCAAUGGCCGCCGCUGCAGCCGGCGCACCGCGCUGAUCCGAUGGCAGGAGCCAGGAUCCAGGUGCUUUUCCUGGUCUCCCAUGGGGUGCAGGGCCCAAGCACUUGGGCCAUCCUCCACUGCACUCCCUGGCCAUAGCAGAGAGCUGGCCUGGAAGAGGGGCAACCGGGACAGAAUCCGGCACCCCAACCGGGACUAGAACCCGGUGUGCCAGCGCCGCAAGGUGGAGGAUUAGCUUAUUGAGCCACGGCGCCGGCUGACCCAUGCUGUUUUAAUCACUGUAGCUUUGUAGUAAGUUUUGAAAUUCAGAAGUAUGAGUCCAACUUUGUUGUUCAAGAUGUUUUUGGCUGUUUGCGACCCAUUGAGAUUUCAUACGAUUUCAGGAUUGCCUUUUCCAUUUCUGCAAAAAUACCUUGAAAUUUUUGACAGAUUGCACUGAGUCUGUAGAUUAGCUUGAAUAAUAUUGCCAUAUUAAUAUUAUUCAUAUCCAUGACUAUAAGAUGCCUUUCCAUUUGAUUAGAUCUUCUUUGAUGACUUAUUUGGUAGUACAUAUGUCUUUCACCUCUUUCAUUAAAUUUAAUUCUAGACUUUUUAUUCUUUUUAUGCCAUUAUAAUUUGAAUUAGUUUUUUUUUUUAGGAUUUUAUUAAUUAUUUGAGAGGUAAAGUUACAGAGAGAGAGAAAGAGACAAAAGAGAAAGGUCCUCCAUCUGCUGGUUCACUCCCCAAAUGGCUGCAACAGCGGAGCUGAACUGAUCCGAUCCGAAGCCAGGAGCCAGGAGCCUCCUCCAGGUCUCCCAUGGCGGGUGCAGGGACCCAAGCACACGGGCUAUUUUCAACUGCUUUCCCAGGCCAUAGCAGAGAGCUGGAUCAGAAGAGGAGCAGCUCGGACUUGAACUGGCGCUCAUGUGGGACAACAGCACCACAGGCAGAGGCUUAGUCCACUAUACCACAGCACCAGCCCCUUGAAUUGUUUUCUUAAUUUUCUUUGAGAUUAUUUAUUGCAGGCAUAUAGAAACAACUGAUUUUUGUUUAUGAAUCUUGUACUUUGCAACUUUGCUGAAGUCAAACAGGAGCUUCAUAGGUUUUCAAAUUAUAGUCUUUUAUAAUCCUUGGUAUUUCUGAAAGGUUAGUAGUAAUAAUAAUAAUCACUUUCAUUUCUGAUUUUAGUUUUUACACGUUCUCUCUUUUUCUUAGUCUCUUUUUAUUAGUCUGUCUAAAGCUUUCAAGUAUUGGUCAUUGAUUCUGUUUUUCUAUUUUCUAUUUCAUGAGCUUCAUUCGGGGCUACCACUUACUUUGCAACUUUGUUGAAGUCAGGAGCUCCAUCUGAGUCUCCCGCAAGGGUGCAGGAGCCCAAGGACUUGGGACAUCUUCCACUACUAGUGAAAUAUCCUCACUUUCAUUUCUGAUUUCAGUUUUAUUUUCAUGUUCUCUCUUUUUCUUAGUCUAUCUAAAGGUUUCAAAUCUUGACAUUUGGUUCUAUUUUUCUGUUCUCUAUUUUAUUUGUCUCUGAUCUAGUCUUUACUAUUUCCUCCUGCUAGCUUUUGGUUCGGUUUGCACUUCUUUUUCUCUUUCCUCAAGGUGUAAAUUUAGGCUGUUGAUUUGAGAUCUUGCUUUGUAAAAAUUGUUUAAGGUUUAUUUAUUGGGGCUGGUGCUGUGGCACAGCAGGUCAAAGCCCCUAGCCUCUAACACCAGCAUCCCAUGUGGGCACCUGUUUGAGUCCCAGCUGCUCCACUUCCGAUCCAGCUCUCUGCUAUGGCCUGGAAAAACAGUAGAAGAUGGCCCAAGUCCAUGGGCCUCUGCACCUGUGUGGGAGACCUGGAAGAAGCUCCUGGCUCCUGGCUUUGGAUUGGCCUAGCUCCAGCCAUUGCAGCCAUCUGGUGAGUGAACCAGUGAAUGGAAGACCUCUCUCUCUCUUUCUCUCUCUCUCUCUCUCUGCCUCUGCCUCUGCCUCUGCCUCUGCCUCUCUGUAACUCUGCCUUUCAAAUGAAUAAAGAAAUCUUUUUUUUUUUUAAGUACAUGUUAUAUUAAUUAGAACCCUUUUGGUUGUACCACAAACCUAACUUAAACAAGCUUAACAAAAAUCAGUGAUGGGCUAAUGUACAGCUUGGUAACUGGGAAACUGAGGCAGACCUAGAUCCAGAAGAUCAGAAAUGCUCUGUCUUCUAACUUUGCUUGGCUUCAUUUUUGAAGGUAUUUUCCCUCAGGAGAAAAAUAGCUCCUGCAGUCUAAAGCUGCCAUGGUUCUUAAAGGUUGCCUUCUAGAAAAUGAGUGGAUCUUUCCUUAUCAUACUAGAAAGUCUCAGGGAAGAUGCCUGUUAGUCUGAUUUGGGCCACAUUUCUAUUACUGAAUAAUUACUAUGUGCUAGUAGAUGAAAUACUCAGACCAGGCCCAGGAUUUGAGCUUCUAAUGGGAAGGAAAGGUGACCCUACUGAACCAUGGAGACUGAGUUCAAUUAAUAUAGAAUAGAGAGAAAUGAUGUUUUCCAGAGGAAAUCCUUCAAAGUAGAAAGUUCACUCUAAAGCUGCAAAGAUUCAGUGUCUUCUCUGUAGACUUUGUUUUGUGACAUUUUAUCGAGAUGUGUGUUUUUUUUUUAAAGAUGUAUUUAUGGCCAGCGCCACGGCUCAAUAGGCUAAUCCUCCACCUGUGGCGCCAGCACUCCGGGUUCUAGUCCUGGAUGGGGUGCCGGAUUCUGUCCCGGUUGCUCCUCUUCCAGUCCAGCUCUCUGCUGUGGCCUGGAAGUGCAGUGGAGGGUGGCCCAAGUCCUUGGGCCCUGCACCUGCAUGAGAGACCAGGAGAGGCACCUGACUCCUGGCUUUGGAUUGGCACGGUGCGCCGGCCGCAGCGGCCAUUGUGGGGUGAACCAACGGAAAAAGGAAGACCUUUCUCUCUGUCUCUUUCUCUCACUGUCCACUCUGCCUGUCAAAAAAAUAUAUUUAUUUAUUUAUUUAUUUGAAAGGCAGGGUGACAGACAGGGAGAGACCACAGUGAAAGAUCCUCCAUCUGCUGGUUCAAUUCCCAGAUGGCUGCAGCAGCUGGGACUGGACCAGGUAGAAGCCAGGAGCCUGGAACGCCAUCUGGGUCUCCCACAUGGAUGACAGAGGCCCAGAUAUUUGAAGUCUUCUGAGGUUUUCUCAGACACAUUAGCAGGGAGUUGCAUUAGAAGCAGUGCAGCCAGGACUGAAACUAAUAUGGGAUGCAAUGUCACAAGCAGUGAUUUAACCCACUGUGCCACAAUGCCAGGCCCCAAGUGUUCACGUUCUUGUACUCAUUGAGAUGCUACUGCUUUUAAGGGUGUGUGGUAGGAGGUUAGAGAGAGCAAAUGAGGACCUUAUAGCCUUCCUGUUCCAAAAGCUCAAGAAAAGAGAAGAGAAAAGGUCUAAUUAUUUUGGAGUUGAGAAGAGACUAGAACUUGACUCCUGACUCUGUGACCCUGAGUUUCACAGAGGAAAUUAAGACUCUUCUAUGGCAAGGUAAGCAUUUGCAUUUUUUUUCUUUUUUUCUUUGACAGGCAGAGUUAGACAGUGAGAGAGGGAGAGACAGAAAGGUCUUUCUUUUUCCGUUGGUUCACCCCACAAAUGGCUGCUAUGACCGGCGCACCGCACUGAUCCGAAGCCGGGAGCCAGGUGCUUCCUCCUGGUCUCCCAUGCAGGUGCAGGGCCCAAGCACUGGGGCCAUCCUCUGGGCCACAGCAGAGAGAUGGACUGGAAGAGGAAUAGCCGGCACAGAAUCCGGCGCCCCAACUGAGACUAGAACCCAGGGUGCCAGGGCCGCAGGCGGAGGAUUAGUCUAGUGAGCCAUGGCGCCUGGCCAAGCAUUUGCAUUUCUAAAUUCAUAAGAUUAAACUGUUUUAGCCUUGUUAUGGACUGAACAGGAAGUGGCUCCCCAAACUCAUGUGAAUGUUGGAAGUCUUAUGCUAAUGUUUGAUGAGUUUAGGGUGGCCUAUAAGAGGUGAGCCUGGUGGGAGUUCUUUGGAUUAUUGGAGGCUUGUCCUCAGAAGGUAUUCGCAUGAGAAGGUUGAUUAUUUAAGCUGACUUUGGCUUUGCACCUCUCUUCUUCCUGGCUCACCAUGUGAUCACUCCUCCCUACGCACUCCACCGUGGCCUUUCUCCCACAGAUGCCUGAUCCUGAACUGGGACCCUGCAGACUUUAAGCAGAAGUAUGCCUUUUCCUUCCCAAGAAGUUUCUCUUGGAUAUUUUAGUUAAAGUAAUGAAAAGCUAACUAAUACAAGACUGUUAACAUAGAUUCAUGACCUGGAAGGGCUAUUCUUGUAUAUUAUAAAAACUUACCUCUCAGAGGUGUAAAGAUAAGGAAGUUUCUAGUACUUUAUGCCAACUCUAAGUGUUAGGGUCCGAAAAAGCCCACCGCCCAAGGAACGACUCCAAGAGACCUUUCUCUCAUGCAACCAGCAAAGGGUUAAAUUUAUUGAUCCAACAUGUUGGGGCCCUCUGAACAUACAAGGACAGAGGAGCAGCGAGAAACUACAGCAUAGGGUUUAUAAAGGCAAAAACUGCAAAAUCGGGAGGGGAGAGAGAAUACACGGUUGCUAAGUGGUUGCUAAAAUCUUACAAUAGCAAUUAUGAUCUUAAGACAUAGACAAAUCACAUCUUCAUUAUUAGCCCAGGUAACCCAGGUGCAACCUUUCUACUUUUAAGCUUGAGCAAUCAUGCAGGGGGUUUUUGUGCAUUGCCAAGGGUGAUGUAGUACACUGCUAUUGUCCGACUAUUUGAGAUCAUAGUUUCAGACCAGAGUCUCACGGUGGGGGGGUGCUUUCCCAGAAUGGAGUCUCAAGUGCUCCAAAAUGGAGUCCCUCCUGUCAAGGUGCUACUUCACUCUGUUUUAUUUUUACAGCUGCACCAGGAAGGUUUAAACCUGUAAGCUUAAGCUUAACUUUUUACACCCGCACAUAUACAAUUUUAACUCUUUAUAAGGAGCAUUCCCACCAAGUUCCUCUCCUUUCCUGCUCACCUCAGUUUCCAGUAUAUGCAUAAGUUGUCAUGCUGUAAAUUAUUUGGAGGUGGUUAUUUUUACAUACUCUCAGAUGAAAUAUACAUUUCCAAAUAAUAUUUGAGAAACCAAAUAUGUCUUUGCAUAGAAAAAUCAUACUUUAAAGCUGUUAUUGAUUUCUUCACAAGCAUAGAUUCAAGGCAGACAUGGCAGUCUUGAUUCUGAAUUAAUCCAGCAGAUGCCACUGAAUCACGAGAUGUAGCCCACUCAGUCCCAAGCAUGUAGCCAUAAGUAGCUAUAUAGAGUGCUCGCAACAGGUUCAGAUAAUAGCAAGAUGAUUCUGGAAAACAAGGAGGAAAAAAACAGACUUGCAAGAGCCAUGAAUGCUGUGUGACUAUAGAGCAGCGAUUCUCCAUCGGUAGGGGAUUGAUAUCUUUUUAAGAGAGAAGAUUCAGCCGGCGCCGCGGCUCACUAGGCUAAUCCUCCGCCUAGCGGCGCCAGCACACCGGGUUCUAGUCCCGGUCGGGGCGCCGGAUUCUGUCCCGGUUGCCCCUCUUCCAGGCCAGCCCUCUGCUGUGGCCAGGGAGUGCAGUGGAGGAUGGCCCAGGUGCUUGGGCCCUGCACCCCAUGGGAGACCAGGAAAAGCACCUGGCUCCUGGCUCCUGCCAUCGGAUCAGCGCGGUGCGCCGGCCGCAGCGCGCCGGCCGCGGCGGCCAUUGGAGGGUGAACCAACGGCAAAGGAAGACCUUUCUCUCUGUCUCUCUCACUGUCCACUCUGCCUGUCAAAAAAAUAAAAAUAAAAAAUAAAAAAAAAGAGAGAAGAUUCAUUCAUCUUCUGCUUUGUAUGUAUUUCUUUAAUUUUUUAAAAAAUAUUUAUUUUAUUUGAAAGGCAGAGAGCACACUCUCCCAAACAUCUACCUCCCUCUGCUCUAUUUAAGUGAUAUAAACUACAGAAAGUGAAGCUUCCUAUUGUACAGAUUAUGCAGAAGAUACAGUGAGAAAGCACAAAAGUUGAGGGUAAUAAAGAUCUUUAAAAACACAACUAUAAAGAAAUAAGACUGAUUUUUCCUCAACUUACUAGAACCAAAUGAUUUCUCUUUAAAAAAAAAAAAGCCAUCUAGGAAAGCAUUCUGGAUAAUGCUAUAAAAGACACAAGCCAUGACCGUGUGCUUGAGCAAGUCUAUAAAGACAUAAAUGGGUGGAGUUUAUAGUUGUAGUCAAACUCCCUGGUUACAAAGUGCUUCUUUAUAGUUCAUAUAACACUUUCACACUUUUCUCAUUUGCCACAUAUUAAAUGAUAGCCAUACUUGUGCUACAUGCUAAUUAAGCUUAAUUGGUUCUUGUGAAUGACUUCUAAUUAAUGGGAAUGGUUUGCUGCCAAAGCCAAGUUUCAUUUCUCUUUUUAGGAUUUAAAAUCAGAAUCAGUUUAAACCAUACUCUGUGUUUUGCUUCAUAAAUGUUGAUCCUCAUGUAUGUUAAACAGUCUCCUGGGGCCGGCGCUGUAGCUCAGUGUGUUAAAGCCCUGGCCUUAAGUGCCGGCAUCCUAUUUGGGCGCCGGUUCUAGUCCCGGGUGCUCCUCUCCCAAUCCAGCUCUCUGCUAUGGCCUGGGAAAGCAGUGGAAGAUGGCUCAAGUGCUUGGGCCCUUGCACCCAUGUGGGAGACCCGGAAGAAGCUCCUGGCUCCUGGCUUUGGAUCGGCGCAGCUCCAGCCAUUGCGGCCAUCUGGGGAGUGAACCAGAGGAUGGAAGACCUCUCUCUCUGUCUCUACCUCUCUCUGUGACUAUGUCUUUCAAAUAAAUAAAGUAAAUAUUAAAAAGGGGGGGGGGGAGGGAGGAAAAGAAUCUCCUGGGGUAGGCAUUUAGCCUAGCAGGUAAGUGAUCCAUGUCCUACAUUGGAGUAUCUGGGUGAGUCCCAGCUCUGUCUCCUAACUCUAGCUUCCUGCUAGUGCUGACAGUGGUGCAGACUGAUGGCUGAUGGCUCUCAAGUAAUUGGGUUCCUGCCACCCUCCAGGGAGAGCCAAAUUGAGUUCCCAGCUCCCAGCUUUGGCCCUAGCCUAACCCUAGCUUUGGUGGACAUUUGGGAAGUGAACCAGAAAACAGUCUCUGUCUCUCUGCUUCUCAAACUAAAAAGAAAAUGGGGUGGGGCCCAGUUCCAGCCUUGUGGUGCAAUGAGUUAAGCUGAGACCUGCAAUGCAGGCAUCCCGUGAAUGCCAGUCUGAGUCCUGGCUGCUCCACUUCUAAUCCAGCUAAUGCACCAAUGAAAGCAGUGGAAGAUGGCCAAAUUACUCGGGUGCAUGCCACCCAUGUGGGAGACCUAGCUGGAGUUCCCGGCUUCUGCUGUUGCAGCCAUUUGGGGAGUGCCAGCAAACUGCAAAUCUCCCUGUCCCUCUGUCUCUAACUCUGCCUUUCAGAUAAGCAGAUAAAUCUUUUAAAAUGAAAUUAAUAGGCCGGUGCCGCGGCUCACUAGGCUAAUUCUCCGCCUUGCGGCGCCGGCACACCGGGUUCUAGUCCUGGUCGGGGCACCGGAUUCUGUUCCGGUUGCCCCUCUUCCAGGCCAGCUCUCUGCUGUGGCCAGGGAGUGCAGUGGAGGAUGGCCCAAGUGCUUGGGCCUUGCACCUGCAUGGGAGACCAGGAGAAGCACCUGGCUCCUGCCAUCGGAUCAGCGCGGUGCGCCGGCCGCGGCGGCCAUUGGAGGGUGAACCAACAGCAAAGGAAGACCUUUCUCUCUCUCUCUCUCACUGUCUAACUCUGCCGGUCAAAAAAAUAAUUUAAAAAAAUAAAAAUAUUAAUGAAGAAAAUGAGGUAGGCCAAGACACCACUAGGAGUGCCUACAUCCCACAUCUGAGUGCUUGCCUUUGACUCCUGGCUCUGCUCCUGAUUUCAGUUUCCUGCUAGUGUGUACCCUGGGAGGCAGCCAGGUGAUGGCUCAAGUGGUUGGGUUCCUGCCACCAGUGUGGAAGACCUGGAUUGAGUUCCUGGCUCCUGGCAUUGGCCAGGCUUGGCCUCAGCUAUUAUCAUUUAGGGAGUGAACACAAGAUGAGAGAUUCAUUCUCUCUUUGUCCCCACCCCUAGCCUUAUAAAUAAGUACAAUCAAUAAAUAAAAAUUUUCAAAAAACAGGCAUUAUGACACAGCAGGUAAAGCCACUGCUUAAGAUACCCACAUCCCAUAUCAGAGUGAAGGUUCCCAGUCACUGCUGCUUCAUACUUCAGAUCGAGCUUCCUGUCAGUGAACCUAGGAGGUAGCAAAUAACAGCCUAAGUACUUGGGUUCGUGCUGUUACCGAAGAAUGGAGGGUUCUUGUCUUCGCGCAAGAAAGAAUUCAGGCGUGAGACAGAGUAGUGGAAAGUAAAAAGUAGCAAAGUUUAUUAAGGUAGGGACAUCCGAAAGAACGGAUGGGCACCUCUCCAGACAGGACCUGAGAGAGAGUGCAGUCGCUCAGGCGGGGGGAAGGAGCGAGGUUACAUGGUUGAGUGGAGAGAUUACACCUGGCCAGACCAGGCGGGUGGGCGGCUGGCUCAGCAGAGAGGCAGAGGGCUGAGCGCGCAGUCCGGUUGAGGUGUGUGUGGGGGUGUUUAAGGAGAUGGGUCUUUGUCUUCACACAUCUCCUCCUGAAACAAAGGAUUUUAUGGAGGUAAAUAUUAGGAAGCUCCUAUCUGAGUUUUCCCUUGAAGGUAUCAGACAGGAGGAAGCCUAGCUGGCGCCAUCCUGGGUUCAGAGGAAGGGUGAGCAGGACCCCCUGGAGAAUCAGGAUCCCCAGCAGGGUGUUUGAAAUGCAGAUACUGGGCUGCAUUUGGGAGGUUGUGGAAGAUUUGUCAGGCAGAAGGGGCGGGGUCCUCCACCUGGUAGAAGGGGGCAGGGCAGGAUAAGAGUACCCGGCUGCCCCUGAAACAUUAUCAGGAUGACUUUGAGAUGCAGAUGCAUAUGCUGGACAUAGACGUCUUCUCUUUAGGCCUUUAUGUCACACACAUAAGCUCAUAUCUGAUUUCCUACCUAACACUGCCACCCAUGUGGGUGGAGUUUCUGGCUCCUGGCUUCUGCCUGGCCUAGCCCCCAGCUGUUGCAGACAUUUGGGGAGUGAACAAAGAGAUGGAAGAUAUCUGUAUCUCUCUCUCUCCUCCCUGCCUCACCCCCACCCCUCCACUCGGUGUUUCAAAUAAAUAAAUCAUUAAAAAAAAAACUUCUGAGACCUUAGGCAGCUGAACUUUCCCUUCUCCAGGGCUUUCAUUACUAGCAGCUCUUGAGCUCUGUCAGUCAGUCCUGGUUUAUUCCCACCAGCACUCAUCUCCGUACCUGUGAAGGGGAUUUGUGUCUAACAUAUAACAUUGAUUCACCAACAAGCAUUUGUUGAGCAGUAUGUGCUAGAGAUUGAGCAAGGAAGGCACUAGAAAUAUACACAGUAACUGGCAAGGUCACCCUGGUUCCUUCCCUCAAGGAGCUCACAGAUCAAAUAGGCAGACAGGCCAGCGCUGUGGUGUAGUAGGUUAAACACCCGCCUAUGGCACUGGCAUCCCACAUGGGCACCGGUUCAAGUUCUGGCUGCUCCACUUCUGAUCCAGCUCCCUGCUAAUGUGUCUGGGGAAGCAGUGGAAGAUGACCCAAGUCCUUGGGCCCCUGCACCCACGUGGGAGACCCGGAAGAAGCUCCUGGCUCUUGGCUUGGGAGCUGUUGCAGCCAUUUGGGGAGUGAACCAGCAGAUGGAAGACCUCUCUCUCUCUCUCUGUAACUCUACCACUCAAGUAAAUAAACACAUCUUAAAAAAAAAAAAAAAACAACAACAACAACAAAAAAACAAA